AUGGCGGCUGUAUAUUAUAAAACCAUUGAGACGUCGGGAGGUGUUGAGCGUUUGUGGCAGAAAGGAUUUACUGAAGUCGAUUACUACAUCAUGACGAAGAGAUUGCAGACUACGGCAGCCAUGGGCUGUCUCAAGAUGCUCCUGACCAUUUUCAACUUAAUUUUUUGGUAUGGUAUACUAUUAUUUGUUGUUCUGAUUGCUGAGUUGGCUGCUGGUAUAUCUGGUCUGGUCUACAGAGAACCACUUCAGCAAGGAUUCCAUGAUGGCCUGUCAGAAGCAGUGAACGACUACAACAAAGAUGGUCAUGAAUCGGACACUGCUGCUGUUGAUGAACUACAAGAAAGUUUAGAAUGUUGUGGUGUUUCAAAUUACAAAGACUGGAAUAGCACAGAUUUCUAUCUCUCUGGUGAACCCUCGGCAUAUCCAGCCAGCUGCUGUGAUAAAGAAAAAGCAGAGGAUUGUGUGCUCGCUCCCAGUGAAGGCGAUGUCACUGUUUACACACAUGGCUGCUAUAAAAAAGUUGCUUCGUUUAUGGAUAAAAAUAUGGUUAUCAUUGGUGCUUGUGCAAUGGGAGUGGCUUUCUUCCAGGUGUUUGGUAUUAUUCUUGCCUGCUGUUUAGCGAAUGUCAUCAACUCAAACAAGUACGAGAUGGUGUAAAACUAGGUGCUGCCUAACUCGGUAGCCAUUACAAAUACUGGAAAAGCAGUAAUUAUAACUGUGAUUUCUCUUUCACUGUGUUUUAGUUUUAAGAGUGUCGAUAGGUUUUAGAUCUACAAACUUAUUAGUGUGUACUUAUGAAUUUUUUUUUUACGAAUUUUAUUGAAGAAUGCAUAUAUCAAAAAAACUAAAAAACAAUGAAGGAUUUCUGCUUUCACAGUAAUUUGUAUCCAUGGCAACAAGUAUCAAGACAUUUUAUUUGAAAUCUACUAAUAUAUUACAAACUGUCCUGCAUCACAAUCAAAGUAUAUAUAGUUAUAAUGCAAGCAUCUAGCGUAUACCAUAUUUGCUGUAAUAGAAGCAUACUUUGAAGUAGUCAACACAAAAACAUUAACAAGAUGACAUUUUGUCAUGUGAUGUUCUGUACACUUCUCGUAUAACCAAUUGAAACACUUACAUGAUCCUCCAUUUAGAGAUGCACUUGUAUUAAAACAAAUACAGUAUAUAUUGCAAAUGUUGGUAUGAGAUGAGUGUCGGAUCUCAUCAUAGUAUCUCUAUACCUCUAAAGCACAUAAUCCCUGAGAAAUGAACCUUGGCACUGUGUGAAACAUGUGUUAUAAUCACCCCAGUUACUAAAAUUGAAAAUAGAUGGAAGCUGCUAGGAGCUAUUAAUAGUUGGUAAUCCUUGACUACAUUGGAUAUUUACCAAGGACCACAAUCACCAGCUACCACAUUUGAUUUUACCACACUAUUCUCACAUGCGGUAAUAAUUUUGUCCUUCUCAUACUUAAGAAAUAUGUUAUUUUAAUUAACUGUAUAAAGUAAAUUUUUACACACUGUGCACUUCACAUUCUGUUUAACUCAAUAGAAUAUACAACUUAAAGUCAUUCUGAAAUAUGCUUAAAUGUGUUAGCUAUGAAUACAGAGAAUAAUAACAUAAUAUAUACCAUAUUUAAA